AUGAUGGGACCCCUGGACAUUGACAUCUUCUUUGUAAUGCUUCCAAGGACCAUAACAUCCCAGAAACCAAGAAAAUGGUGUGAUUCUCUGGAAUACACAGAUCUUGCUGUUUCAACGCCUGCAGCAGGGUACUCUGAAUUCUCAAACAAAGCCUACUUCAACAAGGAACAAGUCUACAUAUAUGAUAACUACCAUCAGAGGGUAAUACCUAAGGCAAGAUGGCAAAAUGUGGAGAACUGGGCUGAGAUGAGCAAGCUUCAGAAAGAGAGAGAAGAUUUGAUCAUGAAGGACUUUCAGGAAUUCAUAAAUUCUAAUCAAGAUAACGAAGGUGACUACAUCUUUAGUCAAUCUAUUGGUUGUGAACUUUGUCCGAAUCUCACUUUCCAUGGAGCUGGGUAUUUUUAUUUCGAUAGAAUAAAUUUUGUGAACACCUUUAGGGCUAUAAUAUACCAGGACACACUAGAUUCUGUAGAUGAAAUGAACCAAGACGAAGGUGUUUUAACUCUAUCCAAAGAAUAUCUGCAGAAACAGUGUUUUGCAACACUCCAAAAAUACCGGAAUUAUAGGAAUGCUCACUAG